GUAGAUACGUAGUUCAUGGUUGAAUAUUGAUUGAUUUAUUAUUAUUUAGACUUGAAAUUCUAAAUAAUUCCAGAACUGUUUGUUAAAUUAAUGCCUUAAAAAUGUAUCUUAAAUACAUUGCAUUGGCUUUUGUAUUAACGUGUACGACUUGGGUUUCGGGUGCAUCAUAUGAAGACAAAAGAUGUAAGUGUGUGUGUCCAAGUAUAGCAGCUGUCCUCAACAACACAGAAGGCUCAGAGUUGGACAGGAAGUUGUACAUUGGCAAUGUUCCACCAAACAAAUGCAAUUGUGUUGGAGUGAUUUUGCCCCGUGUUGGCGAUAUUAUUAAAGGAAGGGACCAAGAAUUCUGCCCACGCUGUGAAUGCAAAUAUGAGAAUAGAAAUACCACAAUUAUAAAGGUUGUGGUUAUCAUAGUGAUAUGGGUGAUAAUGCUACUUGUGGCAUAUAUGGGAUUCCUAAUCUGUCUUGACCCACUAAUUAACAAAAGAGCAAAAGCCUCAUACCAAGAGCACACUAAUGAAGAUGACGAAAGCACCCUUAGUGGACCAUCACAAGCAAUGGGAUCUCGUGGCAAUGUGUUGAAUCGUGUUACUCACCAGCAGGACAAAUGGAAGAGGCAAGUGAGGGAACAACGCCGGAACAUAUACGACAGGCAUACUAUGCUAAACUAGAGUGCAGUUGACCAUGCUUAUUGCCGAUCGAUUUUACAGUUGUAUAUAUUAUUUUUUUGUAAAUCAUGAAACUAUCAUUAACUUGGCCUCUUAAAGGCAGUUUAUAUGGCAAUUUGAGGCUGAAGACAAAGCGUGGCUGCAUCUUACUUUUACAUAGAUAUGGUGGUACCUGCAAGACAUCCUAUGCCAAUAAUAUAUAAUAAUAAUAAAAUAUCAUAAUAAUAUAGCUCUAUAAGAUAUAUCAAGUCUCCUCGCCAGUCUUCGUCCGUGUCACUUCUGUACUGGACUAUGUGCCUAUUUGGUUUCUGAUUGCGCUAACACAAUAUCCUAUAAUUUUGGUAGGGAUUAGGGUUAGGGCAUAAGCAAUGUUUAUAGUAGUUGGAAUAAGUAUUGCAUAAUAGCUAGAUGGAAUUAUACAAUAAUAAUUACCAUCUUUGAUGGAGAAAAUAUUUGUUUAU